AUGGAGUACCUGCCUACGCUUGUGCGCCGCGAGAAGUGGUGCCAGAGAACGGAGACCAUCCGCCAGGGCGAUAUGGUCUUCGUCUGCGAUCCCGCCUUGUCCAGACGAGAGUGGCGCAAGGGCAUCGUGGAGGAGGUUUACAGCGGAGGUUUACAGCGCGCCACCGUGCGCCGACACGGUGACGCAGCCAGCGUCAGUUCUGGAGACGCAGCCAGCGUCAGGAUAGGAAGCGCAAGGAGCGCCAAGCACCAGCGGGCAGGAAGCGCAAGGAGCGCCGAGCAUCAGCGGCAGCAGCCAGACGGCACAGGUCCGCCAUUUUGGAGCGCUAGGGCAGCGCCAUAUUUGGACAUAUUUAUUGGACACCUGGAGAUGCAGCAUUCCCCCAGGAAGAGUUCCCGGCUGAACGGAGGGGAAGCCACCCCUACAACAACGCAGCAGCCAGCGAGUAGUGCAGCAGAAAGCCGGCCAAGGGUUAACAUAACCACGGCGGAGGCCAUUUCUCGCCCUGCCACUGCAGCGACUACAGUAGCGUCCCAACCAAGGAGCACUGUAACAGCAGCUGCGAGCUCAGAGCCGGAGGUGAGCCAGCCACUCACGGCGUACCUAUUGGAGAGGAUUACGGCGUUGGAGAUCGAGCUGAAGAAGGUCAAAGCCUUGGACGCAACAAGCACCGCCAAUUGCGCGCCAAUCGCAGUUGGCCCAAGCGCAAAUGGCGCCAACAGUGGAGCGUCGGAGCGGCCGCCAUCGUGGAGCGGACCGCCAUUAGCCGCCACAUCGAACGGUGAGGUCCCAACUAACGGGGUCGGGCCGGACCCAUAUAGCAGUUUCGGUGCGACCAGUGGGGCCUACACGCUGCCGCCAUCUUGGAGUGGACCACCGUUGCUAACGACUAGCAACCCACUGUGCGCUACAAGUGCUGCGCAGACAGCGCAUGGAUUCGCGCUACCGGGCGGGAGCAUCCACAACGUGGCAACUGCAUCGCCAUUUCCCGAGGAUUGGCCCAUUUUUAAUUGUGCGUUUGUGGAGACGACCCAAGCGUACAACUGCACAGACCUGGAGAACAACCAGAGGCUGUUGAAGGCGCUGAGGGAUGAAGCACGCGAGACUGUGAAGUCGCUGCUGAUUCACCCUGCGAAUGUCAGAGCCGUGAUGGAGCAGCUGCGCUUUAGGUUUGGCCGACCGGAGCAGCUUAUACGCAGCCAGCUGAACAGCGUGCGAGAGGUGCAGCCGAUUUCGGAGCAGCAACUGGCGAGGAUCGUCCCCUUCGCAACCAGAGUGAGUAACCUCACGGCCUUCUUGCAGUCGGCGAAGGCGGAGCAACAUCUGGGAAACCCCACACUCAUGGAGGAGCUUGUUGCAAAGCUUCCCACCAGCAAACGAGUGUAUUGGGCCAGGCACGCUGCAUCGAUCCAGCCCUUUCCCACUGUAGCGCACUUCAGCGCGUGGCUACAGGAGUACGCGAACAUCGUGUGUACGAUUUUGGACGUCGAUGGAAAGGAGCCGAGGCGUCGAGUUCUACACGCGAGCGUCGACCAGAACGGAUACGAGCAGCGGGAUGACCGGCAUGGAGGUUGUCCAAUUUGUGAAGGUCAACAUGCUACGACGAGUUGCAGCGAAUUCAUUGAAGCUUCGCCACCGGGCAGAUGGAGCAUGGUGAAGAGGCAUCGGCUCUGCUUCACAUGCUUACGGAGUGGGCAUGCGGCCAGAUCCUGCGAUGUGCAUGGCGAGUGCCAGAUCAACGGAUGCCGCAGAUUGCAUCACCGUCUGCUACAUGAAGAGGACGAAGGGCGAAGACGGCCGGAGCAGCGAGGUGGUUUCAGGCGCCACAACGGAGGAAACCAGAUGUCACCAGUUUCCAGACGCAGCCCGGAAAGGAGGUCUUCGCCACGAGGUGGUUACAGGGACCACGAGAGGAGCCAGCAGUCGGCUGUCCUCAGGAACAGCCUGGAGAGAAGGGCCCCGCAGCCAGCAGAAGCUCCCGUGCAGACGAAUUUAAGUAUUGACGUCGAAGGAGGCCGACUUUUGUUUCGCAUACUACCAGUAACGCUGUACGGAGCUGGUCGCCAGGUGGACACAUACGCGCUGUUAGAUGAGGGAUCCUCCGUCACGAUGAUCGACAACGAGCUACGAAGGGAUCUGGGAUUGCAAGGCGAACAUCGACAGCUUAACGUCCAAUGGUUUGGAGGAAGAGCCAGCAGGGAGCCUACCAACGUGGUGAGUCUGGAGAUAAGUGGAGCUGGGAAGCCCACUCGCCACCCGUUGAAGAACGUGUACGCCGUUUCAAACUUGAGUCUGCCGAUGCAGACGUUAUGUCGACGAGAUGUCCAGGGCGUGCAAAGGGAUUCGAGACUGCCAAUGAAGCCCUACAGCAACGUGGUGUCGAAGUUGCUCAUCGGACUGGACCAUGGACAUUUGGGAUUGCCACUUAGGACGAGGCGGUUUGCCAGAGAGGGACCGUUCGCGGCCGCAACCAAGCUUGGAUGGGUUGUGUUUUGGCCAGUAAGUGGACAAUUAACUACGCCGUCACCGAGGUCCUGCCUUCUAGCCGUGUCAGUGGAGGACACGAUGGAAAAGAUGGUGGAAGACUACGUCGAGAUGGAAGGCUUUGGUGUGAAGCUCGCGCAACCGGUCGCAGCCAGCGACGACGCGCGGGCCCAAAGGAUCCUCGACCACACCACGGUGAAAGAGGGGCGUCGCGACCAGACGGGAUUGCUCUGGAAGGAUGACCACGCUGUGCUGCCACGGAGCUAUGAGAUGGCGCACAGACGGCUGAUCAACGUCGAGAAGAAGUUGAAGCGCAACGGGCAGUUGGCUCUGGAAUACGACCGUAUCAUCAAGGAUUACGUUUCCAAUGGAUAUGCAAGGAAGCUGCAGCCGGAUGAGGUCGCGGUGAAGAGCGACAAGCUGUGGUAUUUGCCACAUUUUGGUGUGGAAAACCCAAACAAGCCCGGAAAGGUCCGGCUUGUGACCGAUGCUGCAGCCAAGGUUGGAGGAACCUCACUCAAUUCGGCGCUGGACAAAGGGGCUCAGCACUACAAGCCCUUGCCAGCUGUGCUCUUCCUCUUCAGAGAAGGAGCAGUCGGAGUCUGCGGGGACAUCAAGGAGAUGUUCCACCAAGUGCUGAUCCGACCCGAGGAUCGAUAUUCCCAAAGGUUCCUCUGGAGAAAUGGCAACGACGAUCGAGAGCCGGAUAUAUACGAAAUGAACGUGAUGACUUUUGGAGCAGCCUGCUCGCCGAGCACUGCGCACUACGUCAAGACGCUGAAUGCCUUGAAGUUUCGGGAUUCAGAUCUGAGGGCAGUCAAGGCCAUCAUCGACCACCAUGUCGAUGACUACGUGGAUAGUUUCGAUACGGAGAGCGAAGCUAUCGAGGUAUCUACCCGAGUGAAGGAGAUACACGCGGAGGCUGGAUUCGAACUAUGCCAGUUCUCAUCCAGCUCACCCAUCGUGGAAGCGGCGCUGGGACCACCUGGACAAGUCAAGAGCGUCGGAUGGGCAACGGAUGACUUCAGAUUCAACGUGGAGUAUCAUCGAGUGCCAAAAAGCGUCCUAAGUGGAGAGCGAGUCCCAACAAAGGGGGAGUUUUUGAGCCUGCUGAUGUCAACGUUCGACCCAUUGGGGUUCCUGUGCUGCAUGAUGAUUACAGCGAAGCUGUUGCUGCGGGAGAUCUGGAGGCAGAAGAUCCAGUGGGACGAACCACUGCCGGAGGAGAUAGGCAGAGCCUUUGCUGCCUGGCGCAGAGAGAUGGGACAGUUCCGAUGUCCUUGCCACUAUUUUGGGCGUGGAGAAGUUUGGACAAUCGAGCUACACGUUUUCGUGGACGCAAGUCAAUCUGCAUUCGCGGCGGUGGCCUAUUGGAGGGUCACGUACAAGAAUUGA